AUACAUAUUACGGGAGUCGCCUGAUGUUAUGGAAGUGUGUAUAUAACUGACACCCGUCUUUAUUGGGACGUAUUCUUCGCUGAGGAUCAACAUCAACAUGAAGGUUCUGGUUGUGUUUAUAGUUGCUUGCGUGGCCAUCGCUGUGGGACAGGAUGUCGUGAUUUACGACUCGACCUCUCGGCCUAAAUGCACGCUGAUUAACCGUUCUGCGAGAUAUGAUUGUCGCUGGCAUGCUGGUUUAAACAUGGCGGACCAAGUCAUUGAGGGAGGUCGCAUCAUCGCUUACAGAAUCCAGUGGUUUGCCGGAGGAUGGUCUGGCUGGUUCGCCCCUGGCUUGAACGACCUUGAUAUUAAGUUCAACGUCAACGCCUCGCCUUGUGCCCUUCCAGUCAAAGCCAAAUCGCUGAGAAGAUGGUGGUCCUAUUUCUACGACCACAUUCACGAGUUCAUCAUCUGUAAGCCGAAUUAAUUUGAU